UGCUUGGCUCUCAUGGGCAAAUGAAUCGAAUUGGGCCAGUCUUGCAACGUGACUGGAGCAUCACGUUGUGACUGCAAGCAUCUGAAGCACCGCCCAACAGCUUCAUCUGCGGCAGUGAACCUAACCCUCCCGGCACAUUUAAACUGGGGGCCUGAUUCGACUCGAGGAUGCGCAUGGACACUGGAGGUGAAAAGAUACACUGGUGGCCAUUGUUGUUGCUGCUGAGAGAGAGACUCGACCCACUUGUUUUUAAGCUUUCACCAUCAUUAAGGUGUUUGUUCUUGGCCAUUUCAUGUUGACGGCUUUAUCGUUCAUAAGCGAGAAAUGAGACUCAGGUCUCGAAAAACUAUCAGUGAGUGCUCGUCAAUCCGAGAGGGCAAUCCGGGAGGGCGGCCGAAAGUACCGAGGACAGCGCGGCUCAAGCAGACUACCGACCCGGUUCACACUAAGGAUGAGGAGAGCUUGGAUAUGGACUCUACCCCAUCAGCUAUUCCUAUGGCUACGAGGCGAUCUCUGGCACUACGCCGGGCAAGAAAGCGAGGUGUUGGAAAUGGAGACACUGACUUGGCCUUUAAGACUCCAGUCAGGCCCACCAUGCGCCAUCACCGUAUACUGGCAGAAAUCGACCCAGCCUCCCCUUGCAGCUCCACGGCCAGAAAUAUCUAUUCCCCAAUCGUGCACUUUCUCACUCCCAGCAAAGAGAAUGUGAAGAGUCCCAGUUCCAGAGGGGACACGUUGAGUCCACAGCAGUGUGUCUUUGGAUACAACACCAUUGACCACCUAGUUGAUGAGGACAAUGACAUCUUCAGCCCCUUUACUUUUAUCAAGAACAUUCCGUCCCGGUCCCAGUGUCCCAAACACAGUCUCAGAGAUAUUCCACCCAAAACCAGGAGCACCCCAGAGCCCACACUGGUGUUGGAUCUGGAUGAAACCCUCAUGUUCAGUUCUCUGAAUAAACUGGAGAAUGCAGAGUACACCUUUCACGUCACCUUUCAGGACCAUCAGUACAAGGUGUACGUGCUACUCAGACCAUAUGUUAAGGAGUUCCUGCAAGCUGUGGUUAAGCUCUAUGAGUUGUUUGUUUAUACGUCUGCAAAGAAGGACUAUGCAGAGAAGAUACUGGACAUCCUGGACCCAGAGAAGAAACUGUUUAGACAUCGCUUUUAUCAGGAGCACUGUACCUGCAUUCUUGGACACUACGUCAAAGACCUGGGUGUGCUCAAGAGAGACCUCACCAAGACUGUGGUCCUGGACAACGCGCCCCACACUUACCCAUACCACCUGAUGAACACGAUCCCCAUCAAGAGCUGGUGUGGUGAACGGGAGGACAAAGACCUCCAGGGACUCAUCCCAUAUCUGGAGAAACUGGCUGGAGCUGAAGAUUUUCUGGAGGUGCUAAAGAGGAGGAAGGACCAUUUUCAUAGACUGCUGUCAGAGGACUGACCGGCCCACGUGAAAACCUUAUGUCUCUGCUCCUGAACUGGGAACUCGGAUUGUUUUUCCUUUGGUCUGAAAGCAGCAGCCAAUACCAAGCCGCUACCUUGAAGCUGCUGCUUUGCUGUCUGCUCAAGCCCUGCUUUCCUCUCCCCUGAUUUAAGGAUGCCCAAGUGAUGUGGCACUCCAAACACAAUGCCAGACACUUCUUUAAUUAUUGAUUAAAGACUUGAGUUGUAAUUCAUAUCACCCUGUUAUAAUUUGUGGAUGAAAUGGCAAAUCAGUUGCUGUUUUUUGAAAUGAUGUAUAUACGCCCCUUGUAUUUUUGAAAGUAUUAUCCUGAUUUUGUAUUUAUAUUCCUUAAAGAAACUCAAUAAAAAUUUAAAUUAAAGUAAAAAGUAUUAU